UGUUAGACACUGCAGCGUCCGGAGACAAAGUGACUUGAAACAGGGGACAAUGGUGCAGCACACAGACAACAGCGAGACGGACGGGAGCAUGUCCAGGGAGGCUACUGAUUCGGAGGAGAGUGAAUUUAUGGCAUGCAGCCCCGUUCCGAUAAACCCGGACUGGUGCAAGACAGCCACCGGUCACAUCAAGAGACCUAUGAAUGCAUUUAUGGUCUGGUCAAAAAUCGAGAGGAGAAAGAUCAUGGAGCAGUCACCGGACAUGCACAACGCAGAGAUUUCCAAGCGCCUGGGAAAGAGGUGGAAGAUGCUCAAGGACAGCGAAAAGAUCCCGUUUAUCAGAGAAGCCGAGAGGUUGCGGCUAAAACACAUGGCUGACUACCCCGACUACAAGUACAGACCCAAGAAAAAACCAAAGCUCGACAGUUCAAAAUCAUCAGCACCGUCUCCGGAGAAGUGCGGUAAAAUUGCAAAGACUCCCAGCAAGAAGUGCUCAAAGAUAAAGACUAAGAGCGGCUCCAAGUCCUCUCACGGCUACAGUGAGGACUGUGUGUUUCCCAGUUUAAAAGUUACAAAGACAGUGAAAAGUGAGCUCACCGAUGAGGACGAUGACGACGAGUACGAAGAGGACUACCGGAUGGGGAUUAAGACGGGGGACGAGGAGCGCCUGAGGCCGUACAAUGUAGCCAAAGUUCCCGCGAGCCCAACUUUGAGCUCCUCGGCUGAGUCCGAGGGGACGAGCAUGUACGAAGAAGUGCGGAACAACAACAGACUGUUUUACAAUAUCAAAAACAUUACCAAGCAGAGCACAUUACACGCUGCUUCCGUCUCACCAGCAUCCUCCAGGUCGGUCUCCACAUCCUCCUCCUCCAGCAGCAGCUCCUCUUCCGGCGAGGACGCGGACGAUUUGCUGUUUGAUUUUAGUUUAAAUUUCGCCCCCAGUGCCCAAGGCUCGGAGCUGGGCAACCCCAAUUCAGGAAACCUCUCCCUGUCUCUUGUGGAUAAGGACCUGGACUCUUUCAGUGAGGGUAGCCUGGGUUCUCACUUUGAAUUCCCAGACUAUUGCACGCCAGAACUCAGUGAGAUGAUUGCCGGGGACUGGCUGGAGGCGAACUUUUCCGACCUGGUCUUCACAUACUGAUCU